GCAGGAAGCGAGGCCGGCUCUGCUGGAGACGCCGGGGCCGUGGAGCGAGGCAGAUCUCCAGUAAAUGCCCAACAUGCCUCACCGGACCAUUCAUCUCUUCCGGAAGGGACUUCGGCUCCAUGACAACCCAACUCUGCUGGCCGCACUGGAGUCCUCGGAGGUUGUGUAUCCAGUCUACAUUCUGGAUAGAAAGUUCCUGAUGUCUGCAAUGAAUAUGGGAACUCUGCGCUGGCAUUUCCUGCUGCAGUCUCUCGAGGAUCUGCAGAGGAACCUAACUAAACUGGGCUCUUGCUUACUGGUUAUUCAAGGAGAGUAUGAGUCGGUUCUUCAAGACCAUGUUAAAAUGUGGAACAUUACCCAGGUGACUCUAGAUGCUGAGAUUGAACCAUUUUACAAAGAGAUGGAGAGGACCAUACAAGUUCUGGGGGGAGAGAUGGGAUUUGAUGUGCUUUCUUUGAUGGGCCACACUCUGUAUGACAUCAGACGGAUUUUGGACAUGAAUGGUGGGACUCCCCCCUUGACAUACAAAAGAUUUCUUCAUAUUCUCUCUGUACUCGGGGACCCUGACAUGCCUGUACGAAACCUUACAGCUGAGGAUUUCCAGAGAUGUAAGCCUCCUCCUGAGCUGUGCCUGGCUGAAGAUUACAGGGUGCCCCUCCCCGAGGAUUUGGAAAUCCCCCCGGAGAGUCAGUCCCCCUGGAGAGGGGGAGAAACUGAAGGGCUACAGCGACUAGAACAACACUUGAAAAAUCAGGGCUGGAUAGCAAAUUUUACUAAACCAAGAACAAUUCCAAAUUCUCUGCUUCCAAGUACUACUGGACUGAGUCCCUAUUUCAGCUUGGGCUGUUUGUCAGUUCGGAGGUUUUUUUAUAGAUUAUCAAACAUUUAUGCUCAGUCAAAGAACCACUCUCUGCCACCUGUAUCACUUCAAGGACAGCUUCUAUGGCGAGAAUUCUUCUAUACUGUGGCAUCAGCAACACCAAACUUUACCAGAAUGGCGGGGAACCCCAUCUGCCUUCAGAUCAACUGGUACCAGGAUGCAGAGAGACUCUACAAGUGGAGAACGGCUCAGACAGGGUUUCCAUGGAUUGAUGCUAUCAUGACUCAGCUUCAUCAGGAAGGUUGGAUUCACCACCUUGCUCGACAUGCUGUUGCCUGCUUCCUGACUCGAGGAGACCUCUGGAUCAGCUGGGAAGAGGGCAUGAAGGUGUUUGAAGAGAUGCUGUUAGAUGCAGACUACAGCAUCAAUGCAGGAAACUGGAUGUGGCUGUCAGCCAGCGCUUUCUUCCAUCAGUACACACGCAUUUUCUGCCCGGUCCGCUUUGGCAAACGCACAGAUCCAGAAGGGCAAUAUAUCCGAAAAUACCUCCCCGUGCUAAUGAAUUUUCCUUCCAAGUACAUCUAUGAGCCUUGGACAGCACCCGAAGAGGCACAGAAGCAGGCAGGAUGUAUUAUAGGUCAAGAUUACCCACUCCCUAUGGUAAACCACAAGGAAGCCAGUGACCGUAAUCUGCAGCUCAUGAAACAGGUCAGAGAAGAACAGUAUGGAACAGCACAGCUCACAAGAGAUGACAUGGAUGAUCCAAUGGAAAUGGGGCUAAAGCAUGAACUCUCUGAAGAAAAUCCAAAGAAAGGAAAACGUGCCCGGAAUAGAGAACAGACAUAGAUUCUGUAAGGACUUACCAAGAUCUGCAGAAUGGCAAAGAGAAGAUCCAGACUUUCGUUGGGGGAAAUCAUGUAAAUAGUUAGUGAUUGUACUGGAUGAAUGGCUUGUACUACAAUUAAGCACAGUUCGGAACAUUUAGUGUGCACCGGCACGUUCUACACGGACCAACUAAUGCGUAAUGCAGUGCACUUUAAAAAUCCCACUCCCACCCCAGCGUUUACAUUACUGCUCUGUGUAGACCAGCCCUAAAACUGCACUUGGUUGCAUGUGCCAACCCUACCUGUCGGCUCACAGUGCUUGAUUCAGCAAUGUGUACUAAUGUGCAAGUGGAAAUGUUAAGCACGCAUGCAGUCCCAUUGGUUUCAAUACGACUACCCGGGUACUUAAAGUUAGACGUGUGCUAAAUACCUUGUGAAACGGGGGCUGCCACCCAGUUUCCUAAAGCAGCACUAUGUGCCAUCACAGUAAGUUCCUGCAAAAAUAUGGGAUAGUGAUUUUUUUAAAACUGAAUGCAAGCAAAAAGUCACUUUAAAUUGAAACACUAUGUUUGUGAUAUUUCAAAGAGAAAUAGCCCAUUGUCUUGUUGGGGGUUUUAUUUGGGGAGGAGGUUGGUAGUUUUGUUUUAAAUAGAUUUUUGUUGUUGUUGUUGUUGAA